CCAAAAGCGGCAGCUGCGCCACGACAUCCCCCUUUGCAGCGCGCUCCCGUCAAUCGAGUGCUUUAGCACCCGCACAAUCAAUUCUACUCAAUUGCAGGAACUACACGUCGCCAUGUCGACAGCAGCAUCUAGUCUGCGUCUCGCAGCCAGGAGGUACCAAAGCGGCCUCGCGAGCAAGCAAUCUCCUCUCCUCCGAAGCUUCACCACCUCCUCCCCUCGUUUCGAGGAAUCCACACCCAAAGGCCCCAAGGAGCCCGCCCCUGCCGCCUCCCUAAACCCCGAGGAAGCGCAAUGGGCCCGCUUCGAGAGCACGAUCGAGUCGAUCCGACACGGCGAGCUAGCGAGUGCGUCAGCCCGCAUCCUGAACAAGAAUAUGACCGACGCACAGAGGCGGCGGCGGCCGGCAUCGGUGCCGCAGAAGAAGCAGAAGAUGGGUCUCCUGAAUAUGGGCGAGAAGGACAGCGUUGAGGACCCGGAAUUCGAGGAGGACGAUGUCUCAUCCUUGGCGCAUGGGGAUCUCGAGCAGCACCGCGAGUUCCGCAAGUAUGCGCGGCUAAUGGCGUGGGAGAUGCCGCUACUGACGAAGAUGGCGAAACCGUUUGUACCUCCGAACCAGAACCAAGUGCUACGCUUCAGGUACACGACAUACAUGGGUGAGGACCACCCCGCAGAGAAGAAGGUGGUGGUUGAGUUCUGCCCCGACGAUAUCCCGGGACUUGAGCCAGUACAGAAGGACAAGCUCAAGAAGCUAGUUGGCGUGCGUUUCAACCCGGAGACGCAGAUCGUCAAGAUGAGCAGCGAGAUGUUCGAGUCGCAGGCACAGAACAAGCGCUACCUAGGCGACCUCGUGGAUAGUCUCGUGCGUGAGGCCAAGGAUCCCAAGGACACGUUUGAGGAUGUCCCUCUCGAUACGCGCCAUCACACGUUCAAGACGAAGCCUAAGUUCCCGCGCGAGUGGCGCAUUACCCCAGCGAGGCAAGCACAGCUUGACGCGGGCCGGGCGGAGGCACUGAAGCUUGAUCAGGCGAGGGUGGAGAGCGGGUUGCUCGUUGAUGGAGGAGCUUUUGUCAGGGAGGCGCAUGCGCAGGCAGCGAAGUUGGCUGGGGCUGCGAAGCUCGCGGAGCCAGCUGUGAUUGCGGGCAGGGGUAAGGCACCGAAGAAGGUGUCUGUGAGGCGGUAGAGAGUGUACGAAUGUGGGAUUAGGCUGCAUUGUAAGAUACUGUUGUAUAUGGACGUGGAAUAGAAUAGACGAUGUAUUUGUUUUAUAUUAUCAUAUUUACACAUAUUUGGAG